GGCUGGCGGGCUGAGGGGAGGAAAGAUGGCGGCAGCGGCGGCAGCUGGUGCUGCUUCUGGGCUGCCGGGUCCAGUGGCACAGGGAUUGAAGGAGGCGUUGGUGGAUACCCUCACCGGAAUCCUGUCCCCCGUGCAGGAGGUGCGGGCGGCUGCAGAGGAGCAGAUUAAGGUGCUGGAGGUGACAGAGGAAUUUGGUGUUCACCUGGCAGAGCUGACUGUAGAUCCUCAGGGGGCACUGGCAAUCCGUCAGCUGGCGUCAGUCAUCUUGAAACAGUAUGUGGAAACUCACUGGUGUGCCCAAUCAGAGAAGUUCAGACCUCCGGAAACUACAGAAAGGGCAAAAAUUGUCAUCCGGGAGCUGUUACCCAAUGGGUUAAGAGAAUCAAUAAGCAAAGUGCGCUCCAGUGUGGCCUAUGCUGUGUCCGCCAUUGCCCACUGGGAUUGGCCUGAAGCCUGGCCCCAGCUCUUCAACCUGCUUAUGGAAAUGUUGGUGAGCGGAGACUUAAAUGCCGUCCAUGGAGCCAUGCGUGUGUUGACAGAGUUUACUCGAGAAGUGACAGACACACAGAUGCCACUUGUUGCUCCUGUCAUCCUGCCAGAGAUGUAUAAGAUAUUCACCAUGGCCGAGGUGUAUGGUAUUCGAACUCGUUCCCGAGCAGUGGAGAUUUUUACUACUUGUGCGCAUAUGAUCUGUAACAUGGAGGAACUGGAAAAGGGUGCAGCCAAAGUCCUGAUCUUCCCCGUGGUGCAGCAGUUCACAGAGGCCUUUGUUCAGGCACUCCAGAUGCCGGAUGGCCCCACAUCUGACAGUGGCUUUAAGAUGGAGGUCCUGAAGGCAGUGACAGCCUUGGUGAAAAACUUCCCAAAGCACAUGGUGUCCUCCAUGCAACAGAUCCUGCCCAUUGUUUGGAACACUCUAACUGAAAGUGCUGCCUUUUAUGUGAGGACGGAAGUGAAUUACACAGAGGAAGUGGAAGACCCUGUGGAUUCGGAUGGAUACUGCUGCAGGUACAGAAUUAAAGUGUGGACAGCUAACCCACAGCAGUUUGUAGAAGACGAGGAUGAUGACACGUUCUCCUACACUGUUAGGAUUGCCGCUCAAGACUUGUUGCUGGCUGUGGCCACAGAUUUCCAGAAUGAGAGUGCAGUGGCCCUGGCUACUGCAGCCACGCGGCAUUUACAAGAAGCAGAGCAGACAAAAGCCAGUGGCACUGAGCACUGGUGGAAGAUCCACGAGGCCUGCAUGCUUGCUCUAGGCUCUGUGAAGUCUAUCAUCACUGACAGUGUGAAAAAUGGCAGAAUCCAUUUUGAUAUGCAUGGUUUCCUGACCAAUGUCAUCCUUGCAGACCUCAACCUGUCAGCGUCUCCUUUCCUCUUGGGCCGGGCACUGUGGGCUGCCAGUCGCUUCACUGUCGCUAUGUCCCCUGAACUGAUUCAGCAGUUCCUACAGGCAACAGUCAGUGGUCUUCAUGAGACACAGCCCCCAUCAGUUCGCAUCUCUGCUGUGAGAGCCAUCUGGGGUUAUUGUGAUCAACUGAAAGUCUCAGAGAGUACGCAUGUGCUUCAGCCCUUCCUCCCCAGCAUCCUGGAUGGCCUGAUUCACCUAGCAGCCCAGUUCAGCUCAGAGGUCCUCAACCUGGUGAUGGAGACGCUGUGCAUCGUUUGUACUGUUGACCCAGAAUUCACAGCAAGCGUGGAAAACAAGAUCUGCCCCUUCACCAUCGCUAUUUUCCUCAAGUACAGUAAUGAUCCUGUUGUGGCCUCGCUGGCUCAGGACAUCUUCAAGGAGCUGUCGCAGAUUGAAGCCUGUCAAGGUCCCAUGCAGAUGAGGCUGAUUCCCACGCUGGUCAGCAUAAUGCAGGCCCCAGCAGACAAGAUCCCUGCAGGGCUCUGUGCGACAGCCAUUGACAUCUUGACUACAGUAGUUCGAAAUACCAAGCCUCCCCUUUCCCAGCUCCUCAUUUGCCAGGCUUUCCCUGCUGUGGCACAGUGCACCCUUCACACAGAUGACAAUGCCACCAUGCAGAAUGGUGGUGAGUGUUUACGGGCCUAUGUGUCAGUGACACUGGAACAGGUAGCCCAGUGGCAUGAUGAACAAGGCCACAAUGGACUAUGGUACGUGAUGCAAGUAGUGAGCCAGCUCCUUGACCCACGAACCUCAGAGUUUACUGCAGCCUUUGUGGGCCGCCUGGUCUCCACCCUCAUCUCCAAGGCAGGGCGGGAGCUGGGGGAGAAUCUGGACCAGAUUCUUCGUGCCAUCCUCAGUAAGAUGCAGCAGGCAGAGACACUCAGCGUCAUGCAGUCUCUCAUCAUGGUGUUUGCUCAUCUGGUGCACACUCAGCUGGAACCUCUAUUGGAGUUCCUAUGUAGUCUCCCAGGACCAACUGGGAAGCCUGCCCUGGAGUUUGUGAUGGCUGAGUGGACGAGUCGGCAGCACCUGUUCUAUGGACAGUAUGAAGGCAAAGUUAGCUCUGUGGCACUGUGUAAACUGCUUCAGCAUGGCAUCAAUGCAGACGACAAGCGGCUACAAGAUAUUCGUGUGAAGGGAGAAGAGAUCUACAGCAUGGACGAGGGCAUCCGCACCCGCUCUAAGUCAGCCAAAAACCCAGAGCGCUGGACAAACAUUCCUCUGUUGGUCAAGAUCCUAAAGCUGAUUAUCAACGAGCUUUCCAAUGUCAUGGAGGCCAAUGCUGCUCGCCAGGCCACUCCUGCUGAGUGGAACCAAGAUGAUUCCAAUGACAUGUGGGAGGACCAGGAGGAAGAAGAAGAGGAGGAGGAGGAUGGUUUAGCUGGCCAGCUUUUAUCUGACAUUCUUGCUACAAGUAAAUACGAGGAGGAUUACUAUGAAGACGAUGAGGAAGAUGACCCCGAUGCCCUGAAGGAUCCUCUCUAUCAGAUUGAUCUGCAGGCGUAUCUCACAGACUUCCUUUGCCAGUUUGCUCAGCAGCCCUGUUACAUAAUGUUUUCAUGCCACCUUAACGACAACGAGAGGCGGGUCCUACAGACUAUCGGCAUCUAAAAAGGAGAGUCUUCAGCCUGUGCUUCCUCUCCUGGCCCAGCCACAGGACAUUCUACCGCCCUCUCUGGCCUGGAGAUGCGCUUUUUCUCAGCCUGGAGUGGCUUCGGGCCCUCGGCCUGGACAGUGAUACUGACACUCAGCCCUUGCUUACCAGGGCUGGCAUUUUAAAAGCUAAAGCAAAGAACAUUUAUCAAACCCCAAAUCUGGAACUGUCUUUCUCCCCAGCUCUGCCCCCCUUCAUUCCUAGCAUCCUCUGUUGGCCAGACCAGAAACAUUGAUACCGGGGAUGUAGGUUCCUGAUUAUUUUGCCCCACUUCAGGAGCACAGGAAUUCAUUUCCAUUAAUAUUCAGAAACAUAUCUGUUUGCUUUCAUAGGACAUCUGAUGUGUUCAGUUAGGAGCCCCGUGAGAGAUCAUUAUGCCUAUGCCUUCUGCCCUCAGCCAGUGAUGCUCUAGGUUUUCAGUAAGGAGAAGCUGGAGCAGCCACGUACUAAGCCAUUUCCAGUAAUCUCAUCUUUAUGCUUUCCUCAUGCAACACUAAGGGUCCUCUGUCAAAGGCUCCAUAUUCCCAUCUUUGCUUCAUUGCAUGACACAGCCCCUCCCCCAGGCUGUUCCUAUAUAUACAUGCAUACACAAAGCAAGCCAGACAGAUGGCAACUUGUCUUUUUUUUUUUUUUUUAAGAAAAAAAAUCAGGAAAGAGAUUUUUAUUUCUAAAUCUGCUUGACCCAUCUAUAUUUAAUAUGCCUCUUCUGCACAUAACCCCAGAGUCUGAUAUUCAGAGGUAUCCCUGUCCCUCAGGAAUCCUCUGAAGUGGUUGAGUUGUAGCCCUCGAAUUUGCAACAUGUAUUUUUCUAGGACAGUAAAGCGAUCUUUACAAAUGAAUUUAGUCUGCAUACUCUAAGGUGUCUCAACACCUCCACCUUCUGUUUCUUCCCUCCAGAAGCAAAGUAAAAAACAGAAGAAAGCAUAGCAUAUUUUAGCGUCCUACUGUGAUUUGGCAAGCAGCUCAGAAAUCUUAGAGAACUGGUAUUUUUCAUCCAAAUAUGUUUAAAGAGUCAGUGGUACAGCGUGCGGAGGAUGGCCCAGGGUUCAGUCCCCAGUACUACAAAAAUAAGGGCAUCCUGCAGUGGGGUUCCCUUGCAUUAUGAGUUGAGAAUGGGUGAAGAUUAAGAGCAGAGCAGUUGCCCCAUGCUCCCUUUGUUUGGUAGUGCCCAGGUCUGCCGCUCCAUUUUUAAUAGCUGGGGCUUUUUCUUUGGGAUGAUACUCUAACAAAAAGGAAAGGGGAUGUAGUGGUCUUGAGCUCCACUUAAGCAGAAGGCGUAUAAGGCCUUUCCUGGGACCAAAGGACUUGGCAGCUUGUUACUGACUGCGCCACCAGAUGUCCUUAGUGCUCAACCUUGAGUUCAGAAGCACUAACUAAAGUUUCCACUUUUAUUUUUAAGAGCCUAAGAAAGUGUGUAUAGUUGUCUUCUGGCUGGCGGUGUGGAGACCAGCAUUGCCUCUGCCUUUGCUGCUUUUCCUCCUGAAGUUGAAGUUCCUGAUAGAGAGAAAUGAUAACAUACCUGUCCAGUGGCACCCAAAAACACCACAGUAGGAGCUUUGGAACCUCGUUCUAUAGUUGACCUCAAAGUCAACUGGAUUUGGUGCUAAAAACAGUAGACCAUUCCACAAGAUUAAGUUGUCUAGUGGUUUUGUCACAUUAGAGUGGUACCAGGUUAGCAGCACUGGCCUGCUGAAUUUGAGGAAGCUUGGAGACCCCAGUUCAUAUGCCGACAGUGAUAUGGGUUCAUUCUAAGCCUGCACAUUAGAACAGUUCCCAGUGUAUGGUGCCAAAAUUAGUCCAAAGGGUCUGUCCCGUUCUCAUGGUUCACUUUUGGUAGGAGGGCUAAGCUCCUGGCUUAAGAAAACUUGAAAAGCAGGUUUGUAGGAAGCCAUCCUGGCCAGCAUACAUAACUGAUUGGAAGUGGAGGGGCUUCUGCACCCUGGUGGACAGAUGCUUGUACUUUCAGAACACUUAACUCCUGCAACAGUGAAAUCUCCUAUCCUGCCAAGAGACUGUACCCGAGAGCAAGGAGAACGUUCUGGUGGUGACUGUUGGUGUGACGAAGUUGAACUCUGGCUUGUAUUUUAUCUCCUAUGAAAGCCAACUUCAUUUGGGAAAGGGGCCGAGGCGGACUGUUGAAGACUAAGAAAAGACCAGUGAACUCAUGAGAGGUGUGGGCUCCCUAUGAUCAAAGGUUUCCAGGUUGUGGGUGAAACACUGGAGAGCUAGAAAGCAGAUGAGAUUCCAAGAAAGAGUUGUUCCGCUAAUCCCUGACUAAGACGCAUGAACCUACAACAGAUGGUUGGAAAGCAGAUGACUUUCAGCGGGGAAAGCAGUGGCUGGGGCUGAGAGGGGUGGUCAUUGUGAGCUAAUGAAAACAAGCCUCAGCUCUUGUUAGCUGUCCUAAGUACCCUAGAGAAGUAAAGUGUGGGUCUUUACUGUGGAGAUGAGUGGGUUGUUUAUGCCAGGACAUUUGAAGCCAUUUGCAAAAGAAACUGACCUACACAAGGAAAGAAUGCUCAUCAAAUCUUAGAUGACAGGAAACCCCUAGGAAAGGUGACAUUUAGAAUCCAAGUAGGUCAAGUAUAAGAAAAGGAGUUUGGCAACAGUAUUUAUCAGGAAGAUUGAAGAUUUGGAGUACUGUGUACCUCAUUAAAAGUACUGAGUGUUAGUCCAGAAAACUCCAGUGUGGGCCCAGGUUAUGGUCUAGAAUACUGCAGACUUUCCUCCACCUCUGUCCCUCUCAGGGAUCCUGACCAAUGACUACUCUGUAAAAGGACAUCCGAGACCUAGACUGUUUAGAGGAAGUGGUGACAUGGCUGAGAAGGCUGGGCUCGGGACAGCCUCAGCACUCAUGGGUUUGUUCAGACAAGUGCUGCACUGCACCAGCCCAGCAGGCAGGCCAGCUGCGCCUGAGAACGGAAUAAAAAGUGCAUUUCUGGCUCUUC